AUGUCUACGGAAAAAGCAUCAUGUUGUAUUGCCGAAUAUGAAUGUUGUAAAACUAAGUCGUGUUGUGAUACUGGACCAGCUGAUUGCUGUAAACCUGGUAAUAAACCAGAUUGCUGUGCACCAGGCAAACUCCAAUGCAAAUGUUCAGGAACGUGUGCAUGCGGUGUUGGUUGUACAGGAGUAGACAAUUGUAAAUGUGGAUCGGGUUGUAUUGCCGAAUAUGAAUGUUGUAAAACUAAGUUGUGUUGUGAUACUGGACCAGCUGAUUGCUGUAAACCUGGUAAUAAACCAGAUUGCUGUGCACCAGGCAAACUCCAAUGCAAAUGUCCAGGAACGUGUGCAUGCGGUGUUGGUUGUACAGGAGUAGACAAUUGUAAAUGUGGAUCGGGUUGUUCGUGUUUCAAUUAACUUUGUGAAACGAUGACUCUUUGUUGACUCACAUACCAUUUAUUCAUCAUGCACACAAUCUUGUUGUAAACCUGUACUCAGUAAUAAGGUUAAUCAUUGAAACGAUUUUUCAUUCUUGUCGAACACCGUGAUUUUUUGUAAAUAUUUAUCUCAAUUAUCUUAUUUAUUUAAUAAAAAAGUGAA